AUGCCACCACCUCGACAGACAAAGACUCUGGCCUCAGUUCGGGAGAAAUUGCGUGCCAAGCGAAUGCUUCUUGAGCACCAGCGCUCAGGUCCCCACCCGCCUCUCGGCAGUCUCACACCGAAUCCAGGUCUUAGUCACACGGGAAAUUUCUACAGUUCUCCAUUCUACAGACAGCCACUAACUUCUCCUUCCACUGUCUCCUCUGCUUGUCUUUCUUCGUCUCAGCUAACCGCUCUCAACAUUGAUGCCCAAUUUCCGAGUCAGUCAUCCGCCCAGCAGUCCUCAAAAUGUGUCCUUCCUCUCACCUCAAGUCAUCAUGCCUCAACCGCAGCAUCAAUCCUCACAGCUACAACAACGACAGGUGUCACCGCAGCAGCAGCGGCAGCGGCAGCAACAACAAUCUUCCGAUACAGGCUUUCCACAAAGCGUCUCAGCGCCGGCCACACCCCACCACGAGAGGCAAACCGACCGACUUUUUGCUCCACGCAGCACCAUCUCGACUCCGGCCGGCUCUAG